UUCAUUUUCCUUCUUACUAACCUCAACUUCAACUAUUCCUUCGACAACGCUUCUUGCAAUCGACGACCGCUUCUCGCUUGUCGCACAACUAUCAUACAUCAACCAACCUGCAACUAACCUACAUUCAACGUCAAUCUUGUCACGAUGCCUGCCCGAAAACAGUGGGAUGACGAGGAGUCCGAUUCUAGCACUACCCCUCCCUCUUCUCCACCUCCUGGUGUCGGCGCCAUUCGUCGCAACAAGUUUGAAGAUGAAGAGGGCGAAGAUAGCGAUGUUCUCGAGUCGUGGGAUGCCGCUGAAGAUUCCGAAGUAGAGCGAGAGAAGGCCAAGGCGGCUGCUGAGGCCAAGGCCAAGGCUGAUGCCGAAGCUGCUGCCAGCAAGAAGUCCAAGGCUCAACGUAUCGCCGAGAAGAAGGCCGAACGAGCUCGCCAAUUAGCCGAGUCUGAUGAAGGGUCUGAAGAUGAGGACGAGGCUCUACGUCGUGAACGAAUGCGCGCCAGUGAAAAAGAGUCCGACUUGAAGCACGCUGAGGAUCUGUUCGGUGAUGCUGGCAUCAGCCUUAGCAAUGGACGAAAGGCCACCACUGUCGGCUCUGCCGUCCCUAUCGAUGCUAAAGACCCAACCAAGACCGUUGACCUUAGCUCCCUCCCGCUGUUCAACCCGCAGACCAAGCUUCAAUUUGAGACUCUCCGCAAUACUGUUGUCCCAAUUAUCGGCAGUAACUCCAAGAAGGCGCACUACUCUCUAUUCCUCCAGGAAUUCGCUAAACAACUCGCUAAGGACCUACCCAGCGAUCAGAUCAAGAAGGUUGCCAGCACCCUUACAGCUCUCAGCAAUGAGAAGAUGAAGGAAGAAAAAGCAGCUGAAAAGGGUGGCAAAAAGACGAAGGCGCAAAAGACCAAGACCACCUUGGUAACUAGCCGAGCUAACACCGCCGACGUUGGCACCUACGACGACGACUUUGGGGAUGAUGACUUUAUGUGAACAACGCGGAGCACAUACGAAUCCCUUCAUGGUCAUCACGACACCUCCACACAUACCAUCCCACUUCCGAGAAUUCUUGCGAUCAUGGCGGACUUUUUAGAGCUAUACCCCCGACUUGCAGCAUUCAGCAUUUGGCAC